AUGUCCUCGUUUAAAGUCCCAGAAAUAACUAAGAAAAUGUCCCUGAGUACCAAACUUGUAAAUAUAUGUAAGAAAACGGCACCUUUUGGAAAAUCUAAACGCUAUGUUAUUUGUCCAACACCACCCAAAAAGAAAAAUGGAUCAGCAUGGAAUGUGGAUGAAAGUAGUACAGUAUUAACUGAGGAUAAUGGACCAUGUAUUAAACCAGAAGAUAUUGAUAUUAAAUGUAAUCCCCAGUUUUAUUACACAACCCCUCCCACUGCUAAUAUGGUAAAGGGGCCUGAAAGUGAUAAAAGAGUGGAGGGUGGACGUAGUUUAUACAGAAUAAGUCGUCAUUUGUCACGAGAAAAACACAGAACAAACACAUCUCGUCAACGUUCUGUUAGUUUGGACUGGGGAGAUGCAAGAACUGUUAAACUAUAUAACAGCAAUGAAGAUACUAUGGAAGAGAUGCCAUCAUUAACAGCUUCUCCUAGUGCUCCUGCUCAUCUGAGUAAAAGUGGAAUCAGUCCUACACCUGGUAAAAACAGAACCUUUGCAGUUACACCACGUAAAAACCGUUCAAGUGACCCUGAAAUAUCACCACAUAAAAUUGAUAAACGAAGAUUCGACAAAAGACCAUCAUAUGAUAACAAUGCUUUAUUUUGUGCUGUUGAAAACCAAGAUUUGGAUUUAGUGAAAGAAAUAUUAGAUGCUAAUACAGUGGAUAUUAAUAGUGUAAAUUGUGAAAACCUUUCACCAUUAGAUAUAGCAGUUAUGACUAAUAAUAUUCCCAUGGCUAAAAUGUUACUGUAUAAAGGAGCCAAGGAAAACACACAAUUUGAAAAAAGUGGAUCACGACUCAAAAGAUUAGAAAGUUUAGUUCGUAAAGCAGAAAGAAAAGUCAUUGAUUUAACAGCAAUUGUUUUAAAUGGUACAUCAGGAAACUCAGGCAUUUCACCAACACAACAAAAGGAAAAAGAAAAAGAAUUAAAUCACUGGGAAUUUCGUCAUAGAUUAUUAAAGAGGAUGAAGGCAGGAUAUGAUCACGCAAAGCCACCAGAUUGUCCGACCAAUGUUACAUUAUCUGUCAACAGCAGUUCAUCAUUAUUAGUUCGUAUUUCUGAACCUUUGAACCAUAAUGGAGCCGUCGUUACUAAAUAUAAAGUUGAAUGGAGUUGUUAUGAGAAUUUUAAACCAUUAGUUAAUGAAGGAAUAGCUGACAAUAUCCAAGCUCUGGAAUAUGAGAUUACCGGUCUAGAGAAAGGUGUCAGAUAUUAUGUCAAAGUUUCAGCAUGGAAUAUGAAAGGUUAUGGUCCUUCUACAACCAGUAAUCCCUUGUAUUCUGUUCCUUCCUGUUGGAGAGAUGUUGAUAGAUGUUCAGCAAGAUUAAGCGGUAAAGUUCGAUCAUUACAGAAAUUAUUUGAUGAAGUUAGACAAUCUAGACCAGAACAUGCUUCCACCAUUAGAGAUUCUGUAUGUAGAGAAAUGGAAUCACCUUUAUUAAAGAAAAGAAUCAGCAUUAAAAGUUUAUUUGUGUCUGCUCCAAAGUUCCAAAAAUCAUUAAAGAGAGGUGUAUAUAUGGCCUGUGUAUUAUACAAUGAAGAUAAGAUAUUACUGACAUCAGAAGAUCAAAUACCUAUUGUAGAAGUUGAUGAGAAUUUCUCUGGUACCUCCAUACAAUCCGAUUUAUACUGGAUGAUGAAGAUUGCCUGUACAUGGGAUGAUGUGAAAUCAUUAAGACAAGAUAUGGUGAAAAGUAGUAGUGCUGGUACUGUACAUUUCCGUAGUAAAUUAUUACAAGCUGCAUCAUAUUUACAGAAUUCCCUUGGUAUCCAAGAUGUUGGUCAGUUUUUCUAUUUACCAUUAAAAGAUUCCAAUGGUAGUAUUGUACUAACUAUAGUUAACCACGUCAAAGAUACUAAAUUAGUUGGUUUAGGAUCUAGUAAAUGGGUAUCUACUGAUAAAAUCUCCAGAAGACAAUCCUUAGCUGGUUUAGAUAAUACUGAUGCUUUGUGCCAACUUGUUAGUAGCAUACCGGAAAUGAGAUUGUAUCAUCAGGUAUCAACUAUAUCAUUACCUAAAGGACUAUAUCUUGGUUAUUUAAAAUUACAUAGUUCAGUGGAAAAUAUCCGAGUUUUAGUACCACAAACAUCACCAAGUUCAUUACCUCAUAGUAAAAUACGUGAUUGUCCUAAUGUGUCAAGAGAAGAAUGGGAAUGGUUACAUCAGUUAAACUCUGUUGAUGAUAUGACCAAUGAAACAACUACACAACAUUAUCAAUUUCAACAAGCUAUCACCAAAUCAUGUAAACGCUUAUUUUCAUCACUAGGUAUUGAUGAAGAUUUAGCAGCUAGUCAUAGAUUAUAUAAAUAUGAAGUCAUAGAGUUUAGUCCCAACGUAUCAUUUAUAUUAAUAUUACCCUCAGUUGAAGAUGUUUGUAUUAUUCCUGGUCAAACAGAUACAUUUACACAGAAUAACCAUUUUACCUUUCUACCUGUACAAGUCUUUGAACUUAUUCAUAUGAUGACAUACCAGAAAGAAUUUAUCGCACAUUACUCUAGAUUAUCAUCAAUAUUAGAAAUGGAUGUUAAUUUAGCACAACAAGCACAACGAGAGGCAUUUUCCAAUGAAGAAUUAACAGUGGCUAAAGAUCAAGUAGAAAAAUCAUCCAGUCAUCAAGUUGAACUAGAAAGCAUGUGGAAAGACGUACGUUGGGUUAAAGACAUUAUUUCCUAUUCCCGUGAUAGACACGCUAAAAGUGGUAUUCCAGUCUCGCUGUUUUUUGAUUCCGAUAAUGGCAACUGUUCACCAGAUACUCAACACAGACAAACUAAAAUAUUAGACAAUAACAACUCUUCCACUUCCAUUUCUGUAUCGUGUAAUUCCAAUGAGAUCAGUGUGGGUAAAGACAAUAGAAAAAUUGCCAAGUUUUAUGAUCCCAAUGAAGAGAGCAGUGCAACGAGUGACAGUGUCUUCAGUGACGACUCAUCGUCAACCAUGUCACAGUCAGGUGUUUUAAGAGUGUAUGCAGCGUAUGAAACUGGGUUUUCUAAGACUGUCAGUGUUAAGUUACAUGUUAUGACUCAAACUACAGCAAGGGAGGUAAUCAAUAUGGUUGUAUCACAGUUAAAUAAAGCUCUAGUAUCUCGUGGUAAAACUGGACCUAUCUAUGAAGAAGAUCAGUUUGAUGAUUUCUGUUUGGUUGCUGUUAUUGGAGUACGAGAACGAGUCUUAAGAGAUGAUUAUCAACCCCUACAACUCCAGAAUCCCUGGACAAAAGGACGCUUGUAUGUUAGAAUGAGAAGUAAUGUUUUAGCAGCAAUAGAACAAGGACAAGCGACUGCAGUCUAAGCAUUAUGAAUGAAUGAAAUUGUGUGAAUGAAUGAAUAAAUGAAUGAAUGAAAAAGAAUGAAACAAUCUGUGAUAAACUAGAAAUGUUAAAAAUAUUGUUAUAUGAUAUAUUGUUGUGUUUUUGUUUGUUAGUGAUAAAGUGCUAUGUGAUUUUGAAUGAGUUAAUUUAUUUAUUGAUAUUAUUGAAAAAAAGAACUUAGAUCUACUGCCAAUAUUUUGUAAUUGUACAUAAUUGAUACACGAAUCAAAAUUUAUUUACAAAUCAGCAUUCAUUGUACAUUUUUUCUAUUUUUUUUUCAUUUUCAAAUUUUAUAUCAAUUAAACUUUUCUUCAAAUGCAAUUUGCAAAAUACUAAAAUGAAUUUCUCUCUUCUCUCUCUCCCCACCCCUUCAUCUUAUACAAAAUAAGAUAACAAAACCAUGCCCUUAUUAAGUUGCAGUCCAUCAAUUCUAGUCCAUCAGUUUCAAUUUGUAUUUUCUAUUGUAUUUAUUCAUCAAGUAUCAAUAAUCAUCUCAUUAUGUUUGAUAUCUAUCAUUUAGAUCUGUUUCUCUCUGUACAAUUACCUAUUUUACAUCUUCUUCUCACACGGAAAUCUCACCUAUUGUCAGAUUAUAUAUAUAUAUAAUUGGUAGAAUCCAAGUCUUUCAAUAACAUGAUAGAUAUAAUUGUGAUAGUAUGUAUGUCCAAUAUUGUUAUUAGUUUGUUAUCAAAUAAAAUGAUUACUCGACCAUAAA